AUCUGUUUGUCUCAUCUCAUCUUCACAUACUCAUGGAUAUCUUUAGAGUAUUAUCAAGAGGUGCCAGCCUUAGGAAAAGCAAACAAUAUAGUGCAGACUUCUCAUUGCCCACUCAAGGUGAGCUCUCCACCGAGACCCGCAAGGAGAAGACCUUACAGCACGAGAUCGAUAAAGAAACAGAUUUCUUCCACACAAAGAGAAGUACCAACAUUGAACCACAAGAUCAACACCAACUCGCCACCGAUGAACCUGCAAAUGUUGUCACUGAGGUACCAGAAGUUCCUCCAUUGCAAAUAUCCACUGAGGAGGACGCAGCUACCUUCCGGAAAAUAAACAAGUCCAAAGUGUCUGGGAACGAUAUUCCGAUGCCAAUAGGAUCUUUUGAAGAUUUGAUUUCCCGGUACGACAUCAACAAGAAACUCCUCGAUAAUUUGCUCCGCUCCGAGUUCGUUGAACCCACGCCCAUUCAGUGUGAAUCUGUACCCGCCAUCCUAAACGAACGGGAUUUAAUUGCAUGUGCACCUACUGGAUCCGGUAAGACCUUAGCAUACUUGAUACCUUUGUUGCAGAAGUUUACUGCGACGCCGCCGGUGAAGAACUCGGGCAUCAAGUGUCUUAUCAUCUCACCUACUAAUGAGUUAGCCACUCAGAUUUUCCAGAACUUGGAUAUCUUGAGCAGAGGGUUCAACUUGAAGUUGGGAAUAUUGUCCAAGCAAUUGGCCAACAAGUUGACUGAAAAAUCCGUCAACAGCGACAAACAUGACAUUCUUGUGGCCACUCCUUUAAGGCUCAUUGGCCUCAUCAAGAGCGAGUCCAUAAACUUGUCCAAAGUGCAAAACUUGGUGGUUGACGAAGCAGAUAAGUUGUUUGAGCAGGGAUUUCUCCAGCAAACCGAUACGAUUUUGGCGAGUUUAAACUCAAAAAACGUUCAGAAAACCAUGUUUUCAGCAACCAUCCCGUCUGGAGUCGAGGAAAUUUGUCAGGCCAUCAUGAUAGACCCAUUGAGAGUGAUUAUUGGUCAUAAAGAAGCUGCCAGCAACACCAUUGACCAGAAACUCAUUUUCACCGGAAACGAAGAGGGAAAGCUUUUGGCCAUCAGACAGCUCAUUCAAGACGGUGAGUUCAAACCGUCCAUCAUCAUUUUCUUACAGUCCAUCAUCAGGGCCAAGUCGUUGUUCCAUGAAUUGUUAUACGAUAAGCUCAAUGUGGAUGUGAUCCACGCAGAAAGAACCCCUAAACAGCGAGAAGAGGUGAUAAAACGGUUCAAAAAUGGAGAUAUCUGGGUUCUUAUCACCACUGACGUGUUGGCCAGAGGUGUGGACUUCAAAGGGGUCAACUUGGUGAUAAACUACGAUGUUCCGCAGAGCGCACAAGCGUAUGUGCAUCGAAUUGGAAGAACCGGAAGAGGAGGGAAACAGGGAAAAGCCAUCACGUUCUUCACCAAAGAAGACAACAAGCUCGUGAAGCCCAUCAUAAACGUGAUGAAGCAAUCGGGAUGUGAAAGUGGAUAUUCAGAGUGGAUGGAGAACAUAGACAAGCUUACCAAGAAAGACAAGCAGUUGUUGAAAAAAAAUCAGAUCACCAGAAAGGGAAUCAGUACGGUUCCCAAAGUAGUGAGCCACAAGCGUAAGCAGAAGCAGCAGAUGAUCGAGGCAUCAAAAAGAAGAAAGCAUAUGGAAACCGAGGAAGCUGCUUCAGAGUAGUGUGUAUUUUAAUAAAUAUCAAUAACUGUUUAUUCUAGGAAUAUAUGGAUACAUGCGAUGGUAAAGUACAAUUAGUGGUGGCCACCAACAGAAGGGUAACCGAAAAGGCUUCUUCUGCCAAUAACUUCACCAACCGAAAAGAAGGCCAAUAACUGAGUUCCGUAAACGGCGGCCUUGACGGCACAUUCCCGGGUGGGCUUGAAGUUGGCAGCUUUCUGAAAAAACUCUUUUUGCAAAGCUGGAGUUUGGACAAACUUCAAUGCGUUGUUGUAAACCUGUUGGAAUUGAGCGGUGCUUGGAGGUGCCAAAGCUUCUUUCUGGUAGACGAUUUUUCCCACCUCAGCACCGACCUUGCCCCAGUAGACGGCUUGGUUAGCCAAAUAGGUGGACUUGGCGACAGCGUUGUUGACAAUUCCAGUAGCUUUAGAUACAAUAGCAGACAUGUUUGACAGACGGGAAGAUAAGUUGAUUCGAAAAGUUUUC